GGAGGUGACACUCCCAAAGCGGUCGGUCACUACAUAAAAUGUGUCUCUCUCUUGUUUGUUUCCCACCUGCUUUCCGAGCCCCUUUCUCGGACAGUGGACCACAGCAUGUUCGAGAACUUGAAUGCGGCCCUUCCUCCAAAGCUGCAGCCCGGCUGCUCCCUCCCCCACCUGUCCAGGCUGACGGCCCCCGGCUCUGCCGCCCCGGGGUCUGCGGAGCCUGGGGGGCCGGGGCUCCGGGUGGGUGGCAGCCAGCACCUCAAGAACCUGGGCAGAGCCGUGGGGGCCAAAGUUAACGACUUCCUGAGGAGAAAAGAGCCCUCGAGCCUGGACGGUGCGGGCGCCAUGGAGAUCAACAGGCCGGCGGGGGCGCGGCUGAACGGCGGGGCCGUGGAGGCUGACAGGUCAGCCCUGCAGGACGCGUUCCCUCGUCUGGACCCCCCGCCUCCCAUUACCAGGAAGCGAACCCCUCGUGCCCUGAAGACCACGCAGGACAUGCUGAUCUCGCCGCAGCCAGUCCUGAGCAGCCUGGAGUACGGGACAGAGCUGCCUCCUGGGCAGCCCCGGGAACCCCUUCCCGCCGCCCAGCCUGACGUUCCCGCGGAAACGGCAGAGAGGGGCGAGGCUCUGCCCAACGGAGAGGUCUCCCUGUCAGUGCCCGACCUGAUCCACCAGAACAGCCAGGACGAACCCAAACCGAAGAUAACUGAGUGCAGAAGGGCCUCCUCCCCUGGCCUCCUCGAGAGGAACGGCCUCAAGCGCAGCCUGAGCCCCGUCCGCCUGGCCCAGCCGCCGGAGGACAGUGGCCCCCCGCCUCGGGCACGGACCUCCAGCCUUGACAAUGAGGGCCCGCACCCAGACCUGCUGUCCUUUGAGUAG